AGAAAAGACUUUGUCCCAAGUUUUCGCGGAGAUUCGGCGUCCCGGCUGCGACCAGCACCCCGGAGCCCCCGUCCGUCUGGCGACCCCCAGCCCAGUCCCCGAACUUUCAGACACUCCCUGCUGCCCCGCCCCCUCGGGGACCCCCUGAGGACCCUCGGACUCCCCCCAACUCCCCUGCCCUCUAAAACCACUUCAAUUCCUCAACUGUUCCCCCGGCCCGCAGGAACCCCCGCCAUGGCCCGCUCUUACGGCGGCCGGGUGCUGGCUGCAAUGACCCUGCUGGGCAUCGCGGCGGCCGUGCUGGCGGCGCUGGGCGCGCAGCUGCUGUUCCAGCUGCAGGCGGGCCGCGCCGAGCUGCGGGGGCUGCGCGCCGAGGGGCUGGGCCAGGAGCUGGGCGCCGGCCCCGGGCUGCCCGAGGACGCGGCCGGGGCGCUGCUGCCGCUGGCCGCCGCGCUGGCCGCGCUGGUGCUCGUGCUGGGGUUCACCUGCUUGCUGCUCGCCGCGCUCUGUGGCCACCUGGGCGCCGAGCUGGCGCGGGGGCCUGGCCCCAGGAGGUCUGACUGGUUUCUCUACGACUGCCGCCUCCUCAGACACGUGGCCCUUGGCCUUUUCUGCUGUGGGAUCUCCGUCUAUUUAGCAGCACUGUCCAUCUAUGCCUUGCUACUUUUCGAGAUCGAGACAGGCGCAGCAGCUGCUUCCAUCCUCGGCUCGGGCGCCCUGGUUCUGGUGGCUGUGCUGACCCACACUCUCCUCCGGGCUGCCCGGGCUGCCCGCCGUGGGCUCCACGAGUUGUCCCCACCAUCCUUUGAAGAUGACCUCGCCCGCCCUGCCGAAGUCUCCAAGGCCAGCCCCAGAGCUCAGCCUCAGCAGGGUAUCCAUUGUCGGACCCCCUAUUCAACCUGUCCAGAGCCUGGGGACCCCUUUGGGUCCAUGGCCACUGCCACAGCACCUGCAGCCCUGGGGGGAGGCUGGGAGAGCAGCCUGCCUGCAUCCAGAAUGCACCGGACACUGUCGGCUGGCCUGGGGCACUGGGACGGGGUUACGCACGAGAUGCGUCGAAUGCUGGGCCACAGACCAGGGAGCACAGGGAAGGACUCCACACUGGUGUGAGCCCAGGGAUGAGGAAUAGAGACCUGGUGUAAGAAAAGGAUACCAUAGAGAUAGGUUCGGGUUCAGCUGCAGUAGCAGUAGGACUUGAUUUUUCUCUCAUUUUAUUGCAUCCUUGGCUUUUGUCCUCAAGGUUGCCUCGUGGCACAAAAUAAUUGCCAGAGCUCCAGCCUUCACCUCCUCAUUCUGAGGGAAAGUCAGAGGCCAGUGCUGGCUGGGUGUCUCCUGGAAGUCUUCCCAGGAAGCCUCAAACCCUUCUUUUUAUAUCUCACUGGCCAGAACAGAGUGAAAUGGCCAUACCUUGCUGCAGGGGAGGCAGGGAAAUGCGGCUGUCCAGAUGGAUGAGAUUCUGUUACUGGCAGAAGGGGAGCGGGGGGCUUAGGCAGUGAUUCUCUAAGUGUCUCCAUCCAUUUUACAGAUGAGGAAACCGAGGCCCCAAGAGAGGCAGUGACUCACCAGGGGGCCCACGGCCAGGACUGAGCACCAGAGCCAGGAUUCUCACCUGAACCCCGUAAUCUCCAUGCUGCUGAUGUGCAAGUCUCAGACUCUGCAAAAUCCGCUGCACCCCCUCGGGCUGUGAACAUUUCAAAUCCAUGUGUGCCAAGCUUGGAGCAGCCCAGGGCCAGGGGCACGGCUGGAGGGCUGGACCCAGGUUCCUGGCUGUGGACCCAUGGCUGAGGGCUUAGCCGCUUUGUGCCUCAGUUUCCUCAUCUGUAAUAUGGGGACACGAAGUGGCCCUGUCUCCAAGGGCUCUGACAAGACACAUGACUUCAUGUGAGGCAUUCCGGGGACCCCCACACAAUAGGUCCUCAAUGUGUGUUAAUCGUUCUCAUGCUGCUGCUGUUUUUGGGGUAUAGGCAUGGGUAGUUUCUGGGGCUCAAGGAAAUAACAGAGGGGUCUCCAAAGGUCUCCUGUCUUGCACAACCCACAAGUAAACUCUGAUAUUCACUA